AUGAUUGCGCGGGUCACAGCUGGUGCGGAAGCCCCGGGACGCCGGGCAGCCUUUGCUUGCCAGCCCUGUGAGGAGACCCUCCGCUGCUCAGGGGGUGGAUUCAGAACUGCAGUGCUAACGGGGUCAGAUUUGGAGGUAGAAACGGCUCGCUAUGAGAAGCAGAGGCGCCACCCUGAGGAGCCACUGUUAACACCAGAUCGAGAACAAAUGAGGGGAGGAGCUGAAAUUCGUGGGGCUUUCUCAUUAACCCCUAAGGCUCCUCCGCCUUAUGUUGAGAGACACGGUUUGGAUUCCUUUUUUUCAAAAAGGGAUAAAAGAAAGCUUUUACAGGCCUUCCCUGUAUUUGAGGCCGCGGAAGGAAACCGUGUUCAUGCACCGGUAGAAUAUCCCCUUGUUAAAGAACUUGCUGAAUCGGUUAACAAAUACGGGGUAGAUGCUAAUUUUACGAUCAUGCAGCUUGAAAGACUUGCUAGCGUGGCCAUGACCCCAAAUGAUUGGCAAAAUACCAUAAAAGCUGCUCUCCCUAGUAUGGGACAGUACUUAGAAUGGAAAGCCUUGUGGUAUGAUGCUUCCCAAACUCAGGCAAGGGCCAAUGCCCAUGCAGAAGACAAUCAGUGGCAAUGGACCUUUGAUUUGCUAAUGGGGCAAGGCCAGUUUGUUCAUGAUCAGACAAAUUAUGAUUGGGGGGCAUAUGGUCAGAUCUCUGCUGCCGCUAUUAAAGCAUGGAAAGCCCUUUCAAAGAAGGGCGAGGCCGGAGGACACCUGACAAAGAUUAUACAAGGCCCUCAGGAGUCAUUCACAGAUUUUGUGGCCAGAAUGACAGAAGCAGCAGGUAGAAUAUUUGGAGAUCCGGAGCGAGUUAGGCCAAUGAUAGAACAGCUGGUAUAUGAAAAUGCUUCCCCAGAAUGUAAGACAGUCAUUACUCCUAGAAAGAACAAAGGGCUAACAGAUUGGAUAAAAGUUUGCCGAGGACUCGGAGGCCCGCUUACAAACGCUGGCCUGGCGGCAGCCAUAAUACAGACCAAGAACCGCCCAAGUUCUGGAAACAAUAAAGUUUGUUUUACUUGUGGCAAAAUGGGUCAUUUAAAAAGAGACUGUCGUGUGUGUGCAAAAGAAAGUUCCUGGAGUUUUACACUUUGCCCUAAGUGUAAAAAAGGCAAUCACUGGGCUAAUGAAUGCUGUUCAGUUAGAGAUAUUCAGGGAAAGCUUAUCCAGCAUGAAACCCCCCCUAAUGAGAGGAAUGAGAAUAUUCCAAAAAACGGGUCUCGGGGCCCCAAGUCUCAGGGCCCCAAAAAA